UGGUAACAGUGUGACUGAUUAGUGUCAACUGGUGGUAAUGGCCAACAAUCCUUACUUUCAACUUCUACAAGCGUUGGCUGCAGCACGCCAAGCGGUGCCAGUUAGUACUACGGUGACAGGAAAUGUAACUAACAGUGUCAUUUCGCCUUCUACAGUAGAGAACCAAGGUGGCAUACAAUCGCAAACACAACCCCAAGUGACGCCCGUAUCAUUGUUACCUACUGUAACUCAGGCUGGACCUUCUACCGUGACAGAGGCCACUCAGGAGGUGUCGGAAAAGGGUAGCUCUCAAAAAUAUACCUACAAGGUCAAGAUUUUAUAUCCUAAAAGGAAAAGAGAGGCGGUGACAGCUUUUGUGCACAAUUUUCACUCUCAAUUUUUGUCUGUAACUUCUGUAAAGGCUCAUCUGCUAGAUGAAUUCAGUGACAUGCUUCCAAAAGAUCUCUCUUUUUCUGUGGGAUUUUAUGAAGGGUCAUGUAAGAGGCUACUGGUAAAGAAUGAUGAUUUGAAAUUGAUGUACCAGCUGGAUAGGAAAGAUAUUUGUUUAUGGUGUGAUGGAAUAGUGGAAGAUGAUAGUGCUCACACUUCAGUAAGUGGACCAUCUAAGAAAGCGAAGGAGGCAGUUACAAGGCGAGAACAGCAAGAAUUGAACAUUGAUGAUACUUUUAUGCAGCUAAAAGCAAAGCAUGGAAGUGCCUUUACUGCCCCUCUCUUAAGGCUAUGGGCGAGAGUUGUUGUAAAUGGACAUCAUGAUUCAUUAGAUGAUCCUCCAAGUCUUCCUCAGUUUAAGUCUAAAGGAAUAAAUAAUUAUGUUGACAAAACUUUGUCACCUAGUAAAGUUGCUGAUAUGAGAGGCAAGUACAUAGAGCAACUUCAGCAGAUAAAAUCAUUGAGUAAUGAUGGUAUUCUAGAUCAACAAGAAUAUGAAGAGCAAAAAGGCAUUAUUUUAGGAGCAUUAAGGAAGUUGAAGUAACUAUAAUUGUAACUUUGACUAGUGAAUUCAUAAUAAUUAUUAUAAUCAAAACUCAUUUAUACAUUUAUUGUACAUGCAUCAUGCAAUUUUCAAUUGAAUGAAUGCAGUCAUUUAAGGUGACAGUUGAAAGUGCACUGAGAA